UAAUAAUUGUUACCUUUUAUUUAUUUUAACUUUGUAGAAAAUUAAACAAUGGAUCAAAUUAUACUGCAGGGUUUAGAUGGAGAAGUAAUAAUUUCAUCUGCAUAUUUUAUUACUUCCAGCAAAUUGUUUGAAUCGAUGGUGAGAUAUUACCCACAGACAGUGAUUCCAAAUAUUUAUUUUCCUGUUACAGUUAAAAUAAUUCAUCAAGUGGUAAAGUUCAUGGAAGAAGGAAGAACAGAAUUGACAUCUUUAGAUAAUGAAAAAGAUGUGUAUUAUUUCAGUAAUAGUUAUAAAAUAUAUUAUUUGAGAAAUUUUUGUAAUAAAUACAUCUUAUCGUUCAUUAAUAACGAAAAUAUAUUCAAUAUUUACGAGUUUGCAUGCAACGUUGCCGAUAACUAUAUUAGAUACGAAUGUUGGAAAUGGUUCGACGAGGAAUGUGAAGAAGUGUUUAAAAAAUCAAAUUGUAGUAACUGUAAUAAAUAUACAAUAAGCACUCUCGUAUCUCGUCCCAUAUAUAAAUGGAUGAAUGAAGCAGACGUGUUCCGUACUGUUUAUUACUGGGCUGAGACGAAAGUAAACAAAUCAUCCAAUCUGCGAACAAUUAUAGAACUAUAUCUACCGAAAAUCAGAUUUCUAGCAAUACGACCGGAAUGCUUUCAGAAGUAG